AUGGAAGGAUGUCCACGUCUUCCUGCAAUAAAUUUUGAUUUAAAAUUAUCUAUAGAAUCAGUUGAUUUAUGUGAAAAAAUUCCAAAUUUUAUAACAGCUAAUUAUCAAGAAAAUGGUGCCAAUUUUUCUAAUGAAUGUGAACAAAUAAAUCGUCUUCGAGAAAAUGCUAUUAAUUGUACAACAGAUGAAUCUAGCGUACGAUGUCUUAAACGUUAUUAUUGUCAAUUACAAUUAUUACGCAAUCGUUUUCCUAUGUUACCUGAUACAGAAUGUUCUGUUCGAUUUACAUGGGAAGAUGGAUUUCAAAAAGAUGAAAAUACAUAUAAUGAUAUUCGAUUUGAAGAAGCUUGUAUUUUAUAUAAUAUUGGUGCAAUAUACUCAAGAUUAGGUGCCAAUGAAACAAGAAAAACACAUGAAAGUAUGAAAAAUGCUUGUACUUAUUUUCGAUAUGCAGCUGCAUGUUUUGAAAAAUUACGUGAUCAAUAUACAUCAUAUUCAGCAGAUUUUACUCCAGAAUUAUUAACAUGUCAAGUUGAUAUACUUUUAGCUCAAGCACAUGAAACUGUUCUUGAGAAAUCAUUAUUUGAUCAACGACCACAUUCAGUCAAUGCUCAUUUAGCCAUGCAAAUAUCAGAGUAUUGUCAAAUGGCACUUUUAAAUCUCAUGAAACCAGGAAUUAAUUCAAUUGUAUCAAAAAGAUUUCGAGAAUGGCGUGUUGCUUUAACAUAUAAAUUAUCAUAUUAUCUCUCAAUAACAUAUUAUUGUAAUAGUUUAAUAGCUGAUGAAAAUAAAAAACAUGGUGAAGCUGUUUGUUAUUUGGAAAAUGCUAUUGAACGACUUAAAGAUGGAUGGAAAAAUGCAGAAAAAAUAUCAACAGAUAAAACAAAUAUAUAUAAAGAUGCACAUACAUUUACUAUUGAUAUGAUCAUGGAAAAAUAUAAAAUAGUUAAGCGUGAUAAUGAUAAUGUUUAUUUUGAAAAAGUACCGACAUUAUCAAGUUUACCAGCUGUGCAAGGAGCUAUUGUGGCUAAAUCACAAUCAUUUGAUUGUCAUGAUCCGGAUGUAUCUGGAUCGGAUAUUUUUCAAAAACUAGUACCAAUGGAUAUACAUUUAGCUGUAUCAGAAUAUAGUGAAGAAAAAGCGAAACUUUUACGUGAAAUAAUUCAAUUCACAGAAAAUAAAAAUCGAGAACUUGAAACAUUUAUGGAUUGUUUACAAUUGGAUCGUAUUCCAUUCAAUAAUGAAUAUCUUCGUUUACCACGUGAAUUACUCGAUUGUUUUGCUGCUGUUGUUACGCGUCCAAAUAUGUCUAAAGAUCUGAUUACAGCUAUGCAACAACUUAAUAGUCAACAUCAUGAUAUAACUGAACAGAUUAAUGAAUUUGAACAAUUACUUCAAGCUUUGGAAGAAAAUAAUGAUGCAGUUAAAUCUAAUAAAGAAUUUAAAGAUUUACAAAUAAAUCUUAAAACUAUUCGUGAUAUGAUGUUACAAGCAAAUGAAAAUAAUACUGAAUUACAUCAACAUAUGACAACAAUAAUUGAACAUUUAAAAAUUCUUAAUUUACCACUUGAACAAUUAGAAAAAACUUUACCAAUUAUAACUGAACUUGACGAUGAAACAAAUAAGUCUAAAUUAUCAUAUCUUGGAUUAUUAAAUGAAAAAAUUGAAACAAUGAAAAAACAACGUGAAACAUUAUUAAAUGAUUUUCGUCAAAAAAUUCAAGAUGAUGAUAUAACAAAAUUUAUUCUUAUGCGACGACAAGAAAAUCAUAAAAAUUUAUUUUCUGAACAAAUAAAAAAACAUGAAGAAUUUAUUAAAAUUAUCAAACAAAACUGCAUCGCACAAGAUAAUAUUCUGCAUUCAUUAACAGAGACCAAUGCAAAUAUUGCUAAUAUACGAACAAAAAUUUCAACUACAUUAGAAACUCGUCAUCAAUUAAUUCAUGAAUAUAUUAAUUCAUUUAAAUUAUUUGAUGAUACUUUAUCAAAAGCGUAUGAAGGAAUGGAAUUUUAUAAGAAACAAAGUAUAAAGUUAAAAUCAUUAAACGAACGUCUAACUACUUUACAAUCUCAACACGCAGCUAAAAUUUUAUUAAAUCAUGAAGUAUCAUCUCAACACAGUAUAUUGAAUCAUAAUAUAGAUUCACCAAUUAUUCCUGAUCGACCACGUCUUAAAGAUUAUUUAGCUGCUAUGAAACCUGAAACAUGGGGUUCACAAACAAGUCGAUCAUCAAUUAAAGCUGAAGAAAAUAUGUAUAUACCGCCAACGAUGUCAACUAUAAACACGAAUACUAAUUUUUAUACUGAUCAAGUAUUACCAACCGGUCCUGUAUAUUCAAAUGUUUCAAACAUGACUGAACAAAAGUUUACAACUUUACCAGCAUUUAAUCCACAUAGACAAUUUCCAGUACAAACAUCAAUGCCUGUUGGACCGUCGUCAACAUCAUUACCUUUUUCACUUGAACAUUCAAUACCAUAUCAACAAUCAACAUACAAUCAAUCGAAUCCAUUUGAUCAGAAUUCAACUUUAUUUGCUCAAAAUUUCGGUAGUCAACCUCAAAUGACCUAUAAUUCUCUUAAUGCUCAAUCAUUUUCUCAACAACAGCAACAACAACAGUUCUAUCCUUCACAAUCAUUUCAAUCUCAACAAUCAGUUUAUCAACCUUUUAUACAUCAUCAAUUAACUCAACCAAUAUCGCAAAAUUUCUCAAGUCAUCAUUCAGAUUUACAAUAUCCGUCCAAUUAUCAAUGCCAAAAUUUCGGUGAUUCAAAUCGUACUAUUCAACAAUCUUUGCCAGCAUUACCAACUAAAUAUGAUCCAUAUCGUCCACAACCAAUUGGUGCAUAUGACAUUCCAACAACACGACAAACAACAUUUCCACCACCUCUUAUUCAUCCUCAAGAUGUUUACCGUCCAGGUGGUUUACUUGGAAUAAAUCAAACACAAAUUCCAUCAUCAUCAUCAUCAAUGACUAACAAUAAUAAUGAUUCAAGUCAAUAUAUGCAAUAUAACCCUGCUUCUAAUGCUUCUGUAUCUUCUUCGUUUGGUAAUUUAUCAAUAAAUUCAAUGUCAAAUCAUUAA